AGUUGCAUUAAAAACAAUAUUCGGAGCAUUGACCAAAGAAUGAGCUCUCAAAGAGAAUAACAAUUCAACGAACAACUUGGGCUUAGUAGGAGUAGCAGUCGAAGUCGCAGUCCCUUCAACCUCAAGCUAGCACAGCAAAAACAUUCAUUAACCGAAUCAAAUCUUACAAACUUUGCGAUUCUUUCUUUCUGCACAAAGCCAUUAAAACCUCUUUCAUGCUGGCCUCAGACUCCAGCUCUGUGCUCCGACCCAAACCCCCAAUACCCGCUCGCAACCCGACCCGAUCAUUCUUCAACACUUGCUGCUUGGAUCCAAGAUCCAAACCCGUGGGGCCCAACAAGCUGUCCAUCAAACUGGAAGUGCUCCGUCGAAUGGGCCGCGGUUGCUUCAGGGCCGAGCCCAACAGCGGCGGCCAGGACUUGUUCGAUGCCGCCGCAACCGCCCAGCCGAUUCCUCAUCACCUUGUUAUUAUGGUUAAUGGAAUAAUUGGGAGUGCUGCUGAUUGGAGAUAUGCUGCGGAGCAGUUUGUGAAGAAGCUUCCAGAUAAAGUGAUUGUACACCGCAGCGAAUGCAAUUCUUCAAGAUUGACGUUUGAUGGUGUUGAUACAAUGGGUGAGAGGCUAGCUGAAGAGGUGUUAUCUGUAGCUAGACGUUGGCCAGAGGUGCAAAAGAUAUCCUUCGUAGCACAUUCUCUAGGAGGCUUGGUGGCAAGAUAUGCUAUUGGGAGACUUUAUGAUUAUUCUUCAACAUUGGCACCUGUUUGUACCAGUGGAGACUGUUUCAGUGAAGAGAAAAUGACAUAUUCAAAGCAGUUCCUUGAACAGGGUUACGAAGCUAAAAUCGCUGGUUUAGAGCCCAUGAACUUCAUAACAUUUGCCACUCCACAUCUUGGUUCAAGAGGAAAUAAACAGCUUCCGUUUCUUUGCGGUCUUCCUUUCCUUGAAAGAAGAGCAUCCCAAACUGCACAUUUAGUUGCUGGGAGAUCUGGGAAGCAUCUCUUCCUCAUGGACGAUGAUGAUGGAAAGCGUCCUCUGCUCCUGCGAAUGGUUAAUGACUCAGAUGAUUUAAAGUUUAUGUCAGCUUUACGUGCAUUUAAGCGUCGAGUGGCAUAUGCAAAUGCAAAUUAUGAUCAUAUGGUUGGAUGGCGUACCUCAUCAAUUCGUCGUCAACAUGAACUUCCAAAGUCCAAUCUUCUUGUAAUUGAUGAGAAAUACCCACACAUUGUUUAUGUUGAAGGAGAGGCUGCCAAUGACAUUCGCAAUAAAGCAUCAUCUAAUAUUGGUGGACAAAUAAUUGACUUAGAAGAGGAGAUGAUAAGGGGGCUCACUCAGGUAUCUUGGGAGCGUGUGGAUGUUAGCUUUCAGAAAAGUAAACAGCGCUACAUUGCUCACAGUACAAUUCAGGUGAAAUCAUAUUGGUUGAAUUCUGAUGGCGCUGAUGUGGUUUACCAUAUGAUAGAUAACUUCCUUCUUUAGCCUUUUUGUUAAAUUUGAUGUCAUCUAAUCAAUGUUGUGACAGUGGUAGUUGUACUCGAAUCGUAUUUCCCCUGGAUGUGUUGCAUCGAAAUAGAUGAAGAUGAUUUGUUAUACAUCGUAUGGUGGCAUGGGAAAUUUAUAGCUCCAUUUUGGGUGCACCUUUAUGUACAUGAGGACUCUUCUUAUUUAGUAAAAUUUGUUCAUAAAUUGAUGU